CCGUCUCGCGCUUCAUCAGCAAAAUGUCAUUUUAGGAAGUGGUUUUAGAAAAGUAACAACAACGCGUUGACACAACAUCCAUGGUUGACAGAGAAGGAGCUAAAAAUCACAGCUGAACCAGUGAAUCUAAAAGAUGAAGAGAGCGAUUUAAUCACAGAAUGCACUGAAGAUAUGGCAUCCGCUUUCUUUUAAUAUGCUGCAUGUUUGUCCAGAAAAACACACAGACAAACUGCAUGCACACAGAGCACAUCUUUGUUGCGUUUCCCUGAAUGCUGUACAUUCAGGGAAACCAAGCAGCACAUCCCAAAAGCUGACAAAUGACAUUUAAGGCAGAGGAGGAAACUUAAACCCUUUUGUGUUCUCCUUCCUGACCUGUAAUCCUUGUGCGAUGGACAGGCCUCUGCUGGGUCGAUUGUCGGCUCGGGGCUGCUGCUCCUACAACACCCUCAAGGCGUGGCUGCCGAUCCUCUCCUGGCUGCCCAGGUACAAGCUGAAGUGGCUUCAGAUGGACCUGCUCGCCGGCCUCACCGUCGGGCUGACGACUGUACCGCAGGCGCUGGCUUAUGCUGAAGUAGCCGGCCUUCCUGUUCAGUACGGACUCUACUCUGCCUUCAUGGGGGGGUUCAUCUACACCCUCCUGGGGACCUCUAAGGACGUGACACUGGGUCCCACGGCCAUCAUGUCCCUCCUGUGCUUCUCCGUGGUGGGGGGGCAGCCGCACCAAGCCGUGCUGCUCAGCCUCCUCUGUGGAGUCAUCCAGGCUCUAAUGGCAUUACUGAGAUUAGGUUUCCUGCUAGACUUCAUCUCUUUCCCUGUAAUAAAAGGCUUCACUUGUGCUGCCGCGAUAACCAUUGGCUUUGGCCAGGUCAAGAAUAUUCUGGGACUCCAGGGCAUUCCCCACGAGUUCGUCCUGGAAGUCUACUACACCUUCUACAAGAUCCCAGAAGCCAGGAUAGGUGACGUGGUACUGGGUCUGCUUUGUCUCGCUCUGCUGGUCACGUUGUUUUUUAUGAAGACGAGUCUGGGCUCUGACGACGCUCCCACCUGCUCCAGAGUCGCCAGGAAACUAGUGUGGACGGUUGCUACCAUGCGUAACGCCCUGGUGGUCGUGGCUGCGUCCUUGGUAGCAUUUUCUUGGAAUGCUUACGGUCAUCCUGUGUUUACAGUCACUGGGGAAACUACCCAGGGGCUCCCACCGUUCAGGCCCCCACCCACCUCAGACACCACAGCCAACGGCACCGUCGUCUCCUUUGGAGAGAUUGUAGAGGGCUUUGGCGGAGGGCUUGCUGUGAUUCCCUUCAUGGGUCUGUUGGAGAGCAUUGCUAUCGCCAAAGCUUUCGGCAGUCAGAACGACUACAGAAUUGAUGCCAACCAGGAGCUGCUGGCAAUUGGUGUGACCAAUAUCAUGGGCUCCUUUGUGUCAGCCUACCCUGUCACUGGCAGCUUUGGAAGGACGGCAGUGAACUCUCAGACUGGUGUUUGCACUCCAGCUGGAGGAAUCAUCACCAGUGUGAUAGUGUUGCUUUCCCUGGCGUUCCUCAUGCCGGCCUUCUACUACAUCCCCAAAGCUUCCUUAGCUGCCGUUAUCAUCUGUGCGGUAGCGCCCAUGGUGGAUUACCGCAUCGUGGCUAAGAUGUGGAGGAUACGCAAGCUGGACCUGCUGCCUUUUGUUGUGACGUUCCUGAUGAGUUUCUGGCAGGUGCAGUACGGCAUCGUAGGGGGUGUAGCUGUAUCUGGAGCCCUGCUGCUGUAUAACCUGGCAAGACCCCAGAUAAAGGUGUCUGAUCACGGUGUGCUGGUGAUGGAGUUGGGCAGUGGACUCAGCUUCCCUGCCACAGAGUAUCUCAGCCACAUCAUACACACUCAGGCUCUGCAGGCGGCUCCUCCACGCUCAGUGGUCCUGGAUUGCCAUCAUGUCAGCAUCGUUGAUUACUCAGUGAUCAGCGAGCUCGGGGAUCUGCUGAAGCAGUUCAAAUUACGAGAAGUGCAACUGGUCUUUUCCAGAUUGCAGCCCUCUGUUCUGGAGGUUCUCCUCGCAGCUGAUCUGCAGGGCUUCAGGUAUACAGACAGUGUGGAGGCGGCGCUGCAGACGGAGUCAUAGAGCCUCCUCAAUGUGUGACACAAAAACCAUCCAAUCACAGAUGGGAGAGGAGAUUUUUGAUGCUGGACAGAAGAAAUGUAGCAACACUGAUCAGUGACAUUUCUGAUCUGAGGUUAUUGGGCUGUUGUGAAGUUGAAAACAACUGAUUCACCUGCUGUAAGGUACGGCUAAACUAGACUUUGAAAAUCACUGUGGGACCUCCGAGAUUACAGCACUACAUUACCAUCGCACAACAACACUGAACAAGAUGUCUAAUACUGUGUUUUACAGCAUUGUAUAUGCUUUUGAGGGGUAUUGUGCUUUUUGUGUGAAUGAGGAAAUAAUGAGAAAUGUGUGUGUGUGUGUGUGUGUGUGUGUGUGUGUGUGUGUGUGUGUGUGUGUGUGUGUGUGUGUGUGUGUGUGUGUGUGUGUGUGUGUGUGUGUGUGUGUGUGUGUGUGUGUGUGUGUGUGUGUGUGUGUGUGUGUGUGUGUGUGUGUGUUAUGCCACCUAUAUAUUUACUAACAGAGAACUCCCUCUGUUAUGUUUAGGUGAAGGUGAUAGGUGGGCUUCCAGGGACCAAAUCUGAAUUUACACAAUAAGAAUAGGGACCACAGGUGUCUGUUAGUUAAUAAUGAGCAAAGCAGAGCUAACGCAUAUGCCACCAUUAAAACAAGUUGUUUUUAUUAUCUAAGUAAAAGGAAGUGUAAGGUGAUUGGGUUUUCUUAUUUUACAGUUUAUUUUCGAUUGCUUAAACACUAUUUUGAAAAAAGGGACUGUUUUCUCAGAACACUACACACAAUUAGCACAACCACACACCCAAUUAGCAGAACACCUCAGACCCUUUGCAAAAUGAAACACUUACCGUAUAUAAACUAUACACUAAUUUAUAAAAAAAAAUGUUGUUACCAUAUGAAACACACACGUUUCAUAUGACUUAGUUCAGUUUGAACUAGUUACACACUGCUGUUGCUAACCUAAAACACUUUUAGCGAUUCUACUUCUCAGUGAUUAGAGUACUGUAAAUGAAGUACACAGAGAACGUGCAAUUACACAAUAAGUUCACCAAACACUACA